CAGCUACAAAUACAAUAGUAUCAUCAAUGCCUUUCCUUGCCAUAGCCUGAACCACAGGAGACCCAGGUCGUUUCAGAAAGAGGAAAAAAGGGAAGCAGAGCAGAUCUGCUCUUUGCCAUUAGCCAUGUCCACCGCCAUGAUCUUCUAUGACAUCGCGAUGCGCCCGCCAGUUGCAGCGACAUGCUGCGGACCAAACCCUUGGAAAUCCAGACUCGCGCUCAAUUUCAAAGACAUUCCUCAUUCGACCUCAUGGGUGCAGCUGCCAGAUAUCACCAAGGUACGCCGAGGGCUCGGCGUACCCGCAUCUCGCAAGUUUGCCGAUGGCACCGACUUCUACACACUCCCCAUGCUCUCUGACCCAUCCACCAACUCCAUUAUCGGCGACUCCUUCGAUAUUGCUGCCUACCUGCAAAAGUCAUACCCGAACUCGGGUGCAGGCAACCUGUUCCCCCCUCAGACGCUCGACUUCGUCUUCGGGCACGAUCUUGCGCUGCUCGCGCCGCUGUCAGAGCGGAAAGAGGGUGAGUUUGACGAGUACGCUCGAUUCAAUACAAAUGUCGAUGCGGCUUUCAGCGCACACGUUCCGCUUAUGAUACAUGGUAUGCCUCUCGACCCAACUACCGCUGAAGCGACUAAGGCAGAGUUCGUUCGGCGCGCUGGGGUUACAUCUUGGGACGAUUUCGCGGUGAGUGGCGAGGAACGAGAGAAGCUGAAGAAUUCUUUCCGAGACGUGCUGGGGGACCUGGCCAAGUUAUUCUUGAGGGACGCCAGUGGGCCUUUUCUACUCGGAAAGCAAGCCAGCUAUGCGGAUUUUAUUGUCGGCGGAUGGCUGUGGAUGAUACGUGGGACUCUACCGGACGAUGAGUGGGAGGAGGCGAGGGGCUGGCAUGGGGGUGUUUUUGGGCGGUUGCAUGAUGCGCUGGAGAAAUAUGGGGAGGUUAAAUAGGACGUUAACUCCAAGCCCUUACAAAGAGUAUGUGACGACAUAAUUCUACCAGUUUAACAAGCCGUGUAUAGCCCGGGAAAUAGCCAUACCACAGCAACUGUUGUAUCUCCAAUCGUCACACCGCCGUGUCAAAGAUGGCCUCCAACACUAUCUUAUUUUGCGCCAACUAUACCAUUAAAUCACCCGAGA